AUGAAAGAGAAAAAACGUAGUGUAGCGAGUAUCAACGCGGUACGCUCGCGUUCGGCGUAUCCACCCCAGACAGAUAGACUUUGUAGUUCGUUUCAUAAUGCUUUCACGCUUACUAUGAACAAUCUAUGGAAAGUAGUGGCGCAGAAUGUUAGCGAUACUGAGUUUAAUAAAUUGGCUGAUAACGUUUUGAAAAAGAGUACAGAAAGAGUUCUGUACGCGCGUAACCGCGUCCUAGUUGGUUCAAAACCAGCGGUCGUUGGUGGUACGCCCAUUACAGAAGAAUUAGCUGUGGAUUUAAGAAUAACUGCCUUUGGAACAGCAUCAUGUCCACCAAGAGGCGAAUGGAUCCAUACUCCGCUUAUCAUGCGCCCCGCUGAACAGCCAUUAGGUUACGGUCUUUCUGCGCAACGUAACGGCACAAGGUCUCUUCUAUCUGGUCUCCAAGCUCACAUAAUAAAGUGGUUGCUGUUUGAUUCCCGCCCAGUCACUAAAGAUAAGAAAACUACGGAGCCUCCAGACAGUUAUUUACGUCCCUCCGAGGAGAGACAAGAGGAGGCCCUCUGGCGUGGGUGCAGCGAAGUUAUAUGGCGUUGCGCGGCAGGUUCUGGCGCGGCCGAGCCUCGGGCCGUGGUCGCCUUGCCAACAGAUAACACCUAUGUCCAACAUAGCUCGAGUUAUUAUCAAGAUGGAAUCACUGAAAAGUUUCAGUCGGAGGACGGCUCAGGUGCUCUACUGUUGUUGUACGCUGUAAUUCUAUCACGAGGCUGUGAAAAUAUAAGGAAGGAUCUGGACGGUAAGCUGAACUACCUGGUCUCCACUCAAGUGGAGGGCUCUUUGAACGUGACGACGUUGUUGUUGACUGGACGUGCGACGCCGUAUUUACAUAAUGGAGUGCAAUAUGUUGGCGACGAGGACCAUUAUGCUAUGCCCCAAUUCGGAGUGCUAUCCCGAAGUCCGGUGGGUCUCCUCGUCUGGUAUGGAAAUGAGGAAAAUGCAACUAGCCACGUAUCGAAGCAGUACCCUGGUUCGAGGUUGAAGACACCAGCUCUACCAAUCUGGGUGACAAGUUGCUCAGGUCAUUUUGGGGUACUCUUCAACACAAAUCGAGAAUUACUCAGAAACUAUCACGCUGAAAGAAGAUUCGAUAUCCACUACUAUACGUGUGGAGGCUGUCAUGUGCUUCUAAACGUAGACACCAGGGCUCAUGAGGAUGCUGGGACGUUGCGAAAUGACGACAUCAGCGCCACUCCACUUGAAAAACUCAUUCAUACAAAAUGGCAAGAUGCGAAAAUCACCUGGACUGGGGCUGUACCUUACACAACUGAUUCACCAAUGUAA